AUGCAACAGCAACUGGAGCCACCGCAGUCAUAUGCUCUGCCUGCUGCACCAAUUGCUCCUUAUGGUCCUGGUCAUGUGCAUCGGCUGCUGCCCAUUCCGCCCACCCAGAACAGCCUGGGCGCAUUGCAAACGCGCGAAUCGCAGCUGUAUAGCCAGCAGCAGCAAUAUGCACUUGACAGCAGUCGCAAUCUUGGCUCAUGUUUCUGCUCACAGCAAAGCUUGAGCGGCCAGCCUAGGUCACCGAUUGUGCAUCGACGUCGCUCCUCGUCGAUUGCUGGCAAUUUGCUGCAUGCACCACUCUCGACCGAUGAGAACUUACGCAUCGCUCAUGCGCAUGCCGAUGAUGAGAGCCAUAGAGCGUCAAACUUGAAUCUGUGUAUAGCGGAGAGUGGUGUGUUAACGUUUCAGCAGGCCAUGUCCGGUGCCGUGUCGCCUCAAUAUGCCGGCACCGGUUUGCCAAUGAGCCAUGAGCGAGAUAUUAGCUGCUUGCUAGGCUCGAGCUCGGCCUUGGCUGCUGUUGUCGAAGAUACCAACACCAGCACCAACGCCAACACCAGCACCACCAGUGGCCCCGAUGCCAACGACUCAACCACAAGCCAAGACAGCGCCACACCAUUCGCUCUCCACCAUCAGCAUCAUCAUCAGCUACUCACAUCAUCAUAUUCGCAAGUGCAGCGCUCCCAGCAGCAGUCGUCAGCUUCGCAGCAACGGGAGCGCGGUGUAGGAGAGGCAGCAUAUCCUACAUCCGCUGAAAUCGAAAUUGCUGCACCUGUGCAUGGCAGCGCCUCCACAAUUGCUGCCACGCUCUUUGGCACUCGCUUGAAUGCAUCAGCUGAACGCCAGCGCCUCCGCACCUCAAGCAUGCCGGCCGAGAACCGCAAGCCACGCUUGGCCGACACACGCCGCUCCGCAAUUCAAUGUGGCUUGGAUGGUGAUGUUAAUUACUACCGUUUGCGUAGUUUUAGCAUCACCAAUCAAGGUGUAUGCAAUCUAGGAGACUCACUGCGCAGCAGAAUGUCACGUUCGAUCAAUUCAGUGGCAUCAACAGGCACAUCACACAGCGGCGUGGAUCGGCACAAUAGCAAUGCUUCACGCAUUUCGGCGGAUGUCAACGAGGCGAAUGCACAACAAGACUCAAACCAGACUAAACAAUCAUUUGCCACCGAAGUUCCGGCUUAUAAAAUUGCAAUGCUGGGACCUUCCGGCGUGGGCAAGACAACACUGACAUAUCAAUUUACAACCUCAGAUUAUAUAUGUGCUUACGACUUGAGCUUAGAUGAUGAUUAUGGGCAGAAGACUGUGUCGGUGCUCGUGGACGACAUUGAGACAGACCUGGAGGUUAUUGAUCAUCCAGCUUGCGAGAUGUCGACUGAGGCCUUCUGCGCCACCUACAACAUUGACCUGUUCGUUGUGGUCUACUCCGUGGUGGACCGCUGCACUUACAGAUGCGCGGAGCGCGUGCUGCAGUACCUCAAGGAGAACGACAUGCUGCUCACCCGUGGCGCCAUCCUCGUGGGCAAUAAGACUGACCUGGAGCGGCAUCGUCAGGUGUCGCGGCAUGUUGGUUGCAGACUGGCCAAAACAAUUUCGUGCAAGUUCAUUGAGACAUCGUCGGGCUUGGAUCACAAUGUCGACGAACUGUUGGUGGGCAUUGUGGCGCAGGUCAAGCUCAAUCCGCAGCGCAUACGACUGCUCAGCCAGAGCGAGCUGCAGCGGCUGAAUCUGCAGAGCACAAUACAAAAUCAUCGACGCAUGCAUUUGCCAGCGAGGCGCAUGGUGCGCCAGCUGAGCGUCUGCCAGCCAGACGAAGAGGAGCAGAACGACAACGUCGACGUGCGCCCGCCUGAGAUAGGCGCCGUCGCUGGCGGCAGCAAUCGUAGCCAGCAGGUGCGCAAGCCCAAUCGAAGAAAACUUAAUUUAGAAAGCAUUUUGAAAAUGGGCGAGAGUGAGCUGGAGGAGGAGGAGAGCACCAGUGCCAGCGCAAGCGAUGCAAAUCGCACGCAGAGCCAAAGCCAGAGCCAGAGCCAGAGCCAUACACAUGGCCAUGCCAUGAGCGCCGCCCUCAGCAAGUUCGAGCAACUAACCGCAUCAAUGCGCCAGCGUCGCUACUUCAAGUCCAAGUCCAGCAAGAGCAGCAGCAGCGUCAAGCAGCGCAGCGCCGACUACGACACUGGUCCGUCCACAUCCGCUCAAGCGGCAGCAGCAAGAGCCAAGCAGCAGCGUCGCAAUCAAACACUCGACGAUUCAGUGUUGGAGCGAAUACGCAGGCGCUAUGGACGUGGCAGCCAAAGCGAGAUGGAGGACAAUGAGCAGGACGAUAGCGACGACGACGACAACAGCGACAGCGAUGCGGAGCAGGCUGAGGCGCAACUCGACUGCAAUCGCAAGGUGGUCAACAAGCUCACCAAGCGCACAAAGACGUUCAUCACCUCCAUGCUGCGAUUCAAGCGAAACAUCAAGCGUCGCAGCUCCAGCAGCUGCACCGAUCUAUUUAUCAUCUAAGCACAACGAGUCUGCUCCAUGCCAAUGUCUUUCAUAUCAAAUAAAGUUAGCCCCAAAAAAGUUUUCAGCAAUUUCUCAACCACUUCAAAUAUCAAUUGAGCAACAGCAGCAGCAACGACAACUACAAACAUAACUAUAAAUAUAUAUU